AUGAGCACGCCAAUGAAAAAGACUAAUACAACAGCAGCUUCCGAAAAAUCCUUUGUAAGUACAAAAACUGUAUCAAAUGAUCCUAUACGAUCAAAACGUUGCAUGAUUCAAAAUUAUCUCGUAAUUUGGGCCGAUGCUAACAUCGACCCGAGUAACGACGAUUGCCAAAAGGCAUUAACGCAACUUCAGAAGGUGGUUAGUCAAUUAAACUUUUUCACUACACUGGCAGAAUGCAUCGAGUUUCUGAAUCGGCUCGACAAGGAAAAGGUUUUCCUUAUAUUAUCCGGAUCUUUCGGACAGACAUUAGUACCAGAUAUUCACAAUAUGUCACAAGUAGAUGUUAUAUACAUCUUUUGUGGUAAUGAGACACGCCAUAAAAAGUGGGCCAAACAAUGGUACAAAAUUCAAGGUAUUUUCACAUCGAUCGGGCCAAUUUGCAAAGCACUGGCGAAGGCUGCCUAUCAAUGUGAUAAUGAGAAUAUUUCAAUGAGCUUUGUAUCGAAACAAGCAAUUGAAAUAGUUGAUGGUGAUUCGGAAAAAGGAAAUCUGAACCAGUUAGAACCAUCAUACAUGUACUCGGUGAUAUUCAAGGAAAUCAUCCUUAAAAUGGAAGAUGAUAAUGCAAAAUCUUUAAAAGAGUUAUCAAAAUAUUGCCUCGAACAAAAGGUCGAAAAAGAUGAAAUUGAUUAUUUCGUGCAUGAGUAUGACAAGAAAACACCAAUAUAUUGGUAUUCAUGUCAAAUGUUUAUUUAUGGGAUGCUUAAUCGUGCCCUACGAACACUUGACAUGGGCACUAUGGCAAAAUUAGGUUUCUUCAUUCGGCACUUGCAUCGUCAAUUGGAACGACUACACGAAGAACAAGUUGGUCAAUUUCAAAAACAAUUUCUUGUUUACCGUGGACAAGGAUUAUCUCAAGAAGAUUUCAACCACCUACGCGAGAUACAAGAUGGUCUCCUAUCGUUUAACAAUUUUUUAUCAACUAGUAGUAGGCUAUUUAAUAAUUUUGUUUCCUUUUUUAUAAUUAUUUCUCCCUGUGGAACAUAG